AUCAGACCGGUCUCGUAGUCAGCUAGCGCGAGGCUGUGUAGGCUACUCAGCUGUUAAAGUGAACGACGUGGGAUCGUGUGACUGACUGCGCUCAAACAAACACAGGAGCUGGUGGAAGAUAGAUAUUCUGGUGGUGCAAGAGAACAUCCACCACUUUUCAGGAUGGCCAAAGGUGACGCUCGUAAGCCAAAGGGCAAGAUGUCUGCCUAUGCCUACUUCGUUCAAACCUGCCGAGAAGAACACAAAAAUAAGAAUCCAGAGAUCCCAGUGAACUUUUCAGAGUUUUCCAAGAAGUGCUCUGGAAGAUGGAAGACAAUGUCUCCAAAGGAGAAGUCAAAGUUUGAGGACCAGGCCAAGCAGGACAAAGCUCGCUAUGAUUCGGAAAUGAUGAGCUAUGGUCCUCCUGGGAAGAGGGGCAAGAAGGCAAAGAAGGAUGCUAAUGCUCCAAAGAGACCUCCAUCGGGAUUCUUUGUUUUCUGUGCUGAGCAGCGCCCCAAGAUCAAAGCCCAACACCCAAGCUUUGGCAUUGGGGAUGUGGCCAAGAAGCUUGGAGAGAUGUGGAACAACUUGACAGACUCCAAUAAGCAGCCGUAUCUUGUCAAAGCCAACAAACUCAAGGAAAAAUACCAAAAGGAUGUGGCAGAUUACAAAGGAGGAAAAGUGGGUGGGGCAGGAGCCUCUAAAUCAAAGAAGGCUGAAGAUGAUGAUGAUGACGACGAGGAUGAUGAGGAAGAGGACGAAGAUGAUGAUGAUGAUGAUGAAUAAUCAUCUUUGACAAAUAGAAAAUGGUAUUGUGAUUGGUUAAGACACUGGCUGGUGAGCAAACCCAUCUGUAGGGUUCAACUGUCCUAGAACAAAACAUCCAAUUGGUUUUGAAACUAUUUUCUCCCUGUAGUUACUUUCUGUUUGUCAUUUGGGUCUUUAACACCGUGCUGUCAGUGUUCUCUUGAUCUCUUUGUUUUUGUCAGUUGAACAAACAUAUUUAAAGCGAUAGCAUAAGAGUUCACACCCUUUAACUCCUAAAAGAUGUGUAAGGUGCCGUGUGUGUUACCAUAAGGGUGUUGAAAUAGAUUUUAUUUAAUUUUUCUGUUUUACUGGGUUGUGAAUUUCAUGGAAUUGUAAGUUUGCGUUUGAGGGACUUGAACCAGUGUUUCAUAUGUGUAUCUAGAGACACAAUCCAUAGACUUUAGGCAGAUGUCCAGUCCAACAACCAGGUAUUUACCAUUGCCUAUUAUGCCAACCAACUGUGUUUGAAGCAGGGCUGAUCCAUUUCACUGUGUUAUGGCUGAAAGGAAUGAUGAUUAAAUAUAUUUUUGUUGUUGUUGGGGGAAUGACUUUUUUUUUUAGAUGUGAGGAUGUCUCCCUUUUGACCAAUGGUGACACUACAUCUGUUGGACAAGGUUGGUUUCUUUGCACCUGCAAUUUGUUUUGAAUGUUUAGGAUGCCGCUGAUUUAAAAUAAAAAUUUAAAUUUUUAUGUUCUGUGUGGAUCGAAAUUGAUUUCUUCCCUGCAUUGAAAUUACCACAAUUGCGCAAUGUAUUUUUUUUAAUUGUGCCUUUUUCUUUAGCUGUAAAUGUAUUAAAGUUUAUGCAACAUUGUA